AUGUUUUACCUAGUAAUAACGAUGAUCAGGAAAUAUUACCCGAUCAUUUUGGAUGUCCAGUAUCUUCACCUACUUUAGUCCCAUCUUCUUCUGGUCCUUCUUUGCCCAGUCUAUCUUCACCCAGUCUAUCUUCACCUGGCCCAUUUUUGCCUG